CUCCAGACAGUCACAUUCGCUCUCUUCUUUCCCAACGACAAACGCAUCGGCUUUCCCCAAUCCGGAAAAGCUCCGUCUUUUUCCACUAGAUCCGACGUGAAGGUGAAGCCCUACCCAUCUCUCCUGCCGUCGAUCGUUCUCUCCGCCUCCACGCAGAAGGCCUCCGGAUCGGAGAUCCCAAAUGGGCAACUGCUGCCGCUCGCCGGCGGCCGUCGCCCGCGAGGACGUCAACACGCACUUUUCGGCCGCCCACCACGACCACGGAGGUUCCGCCGCCCGCAAGAACCGCCAGAACCAGAAUGGUGGUUUACAGCACAAGCGCAUGACCGUGCUGAGCGGCGACGCGAAGUUGGCGGGCGCGAUCGAGGAGAUGUACGCCUUGGACCGCGAGCUCGGCCGCGGAGAGUUCGGCGUCACCUACCUCUGCAUGGACCGCCACACCAAGGAGCUCCUCGCCUGCAAGUCGAUCUCCAAGAGGAAGCUGCGGACGGCGGUGGACGUGGAAGACGUGCGGCGGGAGGUGGCCAUAAUGCGGCACCUGCCGAAGAGCCCCAGCAUCGUGACUCUGCGCGAGGCGCUGGAGGACGAAGGCGCCGUGCAUCUGGUGAUGGAGCUGUGCGAAGGCGGGGAGCUGUUCGACCGCAUCGUGGCGCGCGGACACUACUCGGAGCGCGCGGCGGCCGCGGUCAUGAGGACCAUUGUUGAAGUCGUGCAGCUGUGCCAUCGGCAUGGGGUCAUCCACCGCGACCUCAAGCCAGAGAACUUUCUGUUUGCCAACAAUAAGGAGAACUCGCCAUUGAAAGCGAUCGACUUUGGGCUUUCCGUAUUUUUCAAGCCUGGAGAAAGGUUUUCAGAGAUUGUUGGGAGCCCAUAUUAUAUGGCUCCUGAAGUAUUAAAGAGGAAUUAUGGACCAGAAAUUGAUAUAUGGAGUGCUGGAGUUAUUCUCUAUAUUCUCCUUUGUGGAGUUCCACCAUUUUGGGCUGAAACUGAACAAGGAGUUGCACAAGCUAUUCUGAGGGGGAUAAUUGAUUUCAAGCGCGAUCCAUGGCCUAGUGUGUCAGAAAGUGCUAAGAAUUUGGUCCAGCAGAUGUUGGAACCUGAUCCCAAACUUAGGUUAACUGCAAAGCAAGUUCUUGAUCAUCCUUGGAUUCAAAAUGCUAAGAAAGCACCCAAUGUGCCACUUGGUGACGUUGUCAAGUCGAGACUCAAGCAAUUUUCAAGAAUGAAUAGAUUCAAAAGGAGAGCUUUGAGGAUUAUUGCUGAUCACUUGUCUACUGAAGAAGUUGAAGAUAUUAAAGAGAUGUUUAAGAUGAUGGAUGCUGACAAUGACGGUAUUGUUUCACAUGACGAACUCAAAGCUGGCCUUCCUCAGUUUGGUUCACACCUUAUAGAGUCUGAAGUGCAGAUGCUCAUUGAAGCUGUCGAUAGCAAUGGAAAAGGCACUCUAGACUACGGGGAGUUUCUGGCUGUAUCUCUUCAUUUACAGAGAAUGACAAAUGAUGAGCAUCUCAGAAAGGCCUUCUCAUACUUUGAUAAAGACGGGAAUGGCUUUAUUGAGCUAGAGGAGCUUCGUGAGGCACUAACCGAAGAUGGAGCUACUGAUAGCACAGAUGCAGCAAACAAUAUCCUCCAAGAAAUUGAUACCGACAAGGAUGGAUUAAUAAGCUAUGAUGAAUUUGUGGCAAUGAUGAAGACCGGAACCGAUUGGAGAAAGGCAUCACGCCACUAUUCAAGAGGGAGAUUUAACAGUCUUAGUGUCAGAUUAAUGAAGGAUGGAUCCUUAAACUUGGGGUGAUGAAUGGACUAAUCUCGAAUGGACGACAAAAUUCUUUAUCUUCUGCUUUUUUUUUUCGCGCACUUUGGCCAGGUAACCCCUCUUGCUUAACUUGCUCUUUAUCUAGUGGUUCCAGUGCGAUGCCAUUGUGGAGUGUUGUAGUUCUACACUCGUGUGAAUAUGGCUAAUUUGGAGCAUUGUGUUGGCAUAGUUUGUGGGAGGGGGGCUUUGUUGUAACUAGAUGUACAAUAUUUGUUUCAUAAUCACUAUGAUUAGAGAGGAAAUCUUAACGCAUUUGCAUUAUGAUUGAACAA